AUGUGGCUCUACCUGGUGGGCCUCGUGAGCCUGUACUACCUUCUGCGCUGGUACCGGGAGCGGCAGGUGGUAAGCCACCUCCGAGACAAAUAUGUUUUUAUCACGGGCUGUGACUCAGGCUUCGGGAAUCUGCUGGCCAGGCAGCUGGACCUGCGAGGCUUGAGGGUGCUGGCUGCGUGUCUGACCGAGCAGGGGGCCACGCAGCUGAGGAGCCAGACCUCAGACAGGCUGGAGACGGUGAUCCUGGAUGUCACCCAGACAGAGAGCAUUACUGCAGCCACCCAGUGGGUGAAGGAGCGUGUGGGGGACAGAGGACUCUGGGGCCUGGUCAACAAUGCUGGCAUUAUUAGCCCAUUUGGCCACAGUGAGUGGCUGAAGAUUGAGACCUACGUGAAUAUCCUCAAAGUGAACCUGAUGGGUUUGAUUGAGGUGACCUUGAGCAUGCUUCCCUUGGUGAAGAGAGCGCGGGGGAGGAUUGUCAAUGUCUCUAGCAUCCUGGGAAGAAUUGCGUUCUUUGCAGGAAUCUACUGUAGCUCCAAGUAUGGAGUGGAAGCCUUUUCAGAUGCUCUGAGACGUGAGCUUCAACAUUUUGGGGUGAAAAUCAGCAUAGUUGAACCCGGCUACUUCAGAACAGGAAUGACAGACAUGCAGCAAUCCUUAGAGGCUGUGAAGCGAGCCUGGGAAGAGGCCCCUACGGAUAUCAAGGAGACCUACGGACAGCAUUUUUUUGAUGCCUAUUGUGACUUGAUGAAACAAGUGUUGUCGAAGUGUAACACCAACCUGAACUGGGUCACCGACUGUAUGGAACAUGCUCUGACAUCCAUGCAUCCCCGCACUCGAUAUUCAGCUGGUUGGGAUGCUCGAUUUUUCUACAUCCCUCUAUCUUAUUUACCUACAUCACUGGCAGACUACAUAUUGACUAGACCUUGGCCAAAACCAGCCCAGGCAUUUUAAAGAAAGCUGGUUCGACGGCUCUUGGAACAGAAAUGACAAUUAAAAGUCCGAAAUUGGUUGUUAUCUCAGUAAUCCUUAUUUAGAACCUAGACUUUUUGUACCAAUAUUUCUUGCCUAAACUCAUUUAUGUGUGCAGUGUAAUUAUUACUUUUAUGUGUGGCCUUUCUAGCCAUGGUCUUGGAACUCCCACCCAGGUGAUUGGGCAGGACUGUGUGAUAGGUAAUUGUGGCCCACUGAGGGGAUGGGUCAGUUUUGCCUUCAAAGAGAGCUAAUUUCAAAGCAGAGAGGAGGAGCCCACCACCACUAAGUAAGGACAGACCAGCAGAAGAGACCCAGCAGCACAGACCUGGCAGCAGGAGACGGUGAGGUGGGCCUCCCAGCCCAUGCAGAGAGAAAGCUGAGUGCCUUUGCAUAGAGGCCGAGGGCCACAGAGAGGCAUGCCUGUGAGCACAGCUGGGGAGAGGCUGACCUAAUAGAAGAACAGUAUCUGAAUGUUCCUGAGCCUAAAUUGUAAAUGUUACUUCCCUAAUAAAUGCUAUAAUCGUGAGUAUGGUCUGUGAGUUCUGUGUGGCCAUUGCAAUGAAUUAUCGAUCCCAGCAGAGAAGUAGAGAGUGCUGUGCAAUGGACAGUUGGUGUCAGAAUUAGUAAAGAUGGUGGAGAGAGAAGGCUUGUCUGGGCUUUACCUCGUGGGAGUCAGCCUUGCGCUAUUGAUCUUUGUUCGCCUUCCCCCUUGUGAGGUUGGAGGAGGUCAGACAGUGACCCCACAACAUUUUUUUUUUUUUUGAAGUAUUCUUUUUUUUAAAAAAAUAUUUUUAUUGUUCUUUAAGUGAAAGUUUACAAAUCAAGCCAGUCUCUCAUACAAAAACUUAUAUACACUGUGCUGUAUAAUCCUAGUUGCUCUGCUACUAAUGAGACAGCACACUCCUUCCCUCUACUCUCUAUUUUCAUGUCCAUUUGGCCAGCUCUCACCCCCUCUGCCCUCUCAUUUCUUUUCCAGGCAGGAGCUGCCCACAUAGUGUCAUGUGUCUACUUGAUCCAAGAAGCUCACUCUUCACCAGUAUCAUUUUCUAUCCCAUAGUCCAGUCCAAUCCCUGUCUGAAGAGUUGGCUUUGGGAAUGGUUCCUGUCUUGGGCUAACAGAAGAUCUGGGGACCAUGACCACUGGGGUCCUUCUAGUCUCAGUCAGACCAUUAAGUCUGGUCUUUUUACAAAAAUAUGAGGUCUGCAUCCCACUGCUCUCCUGCUCCCUC